AUGUCUCGCUUAACUGAGGAACGUAAUCAAGAUGCUACUGUCUACAUUGGUAAUCUUGAUGAACGUUGCACUGAAGCUCUUAUUUGGGAAUUGAUGCUUCAAGCAGGACCCGUCGGCAAGUUUCUUUCUCAACCUCUACUUGCUUAUUUUUUUUACCGCGUAACUCAAACCCAUCAAGGAUAUGGGUUUUGUGAGUAUAUGAGUGAAGACGACGCAGAUUAUGCUAUCAAAAUAAUGAAUCAGAUCAAAUUAUACGGAAAGCCUAUACGUGUUAAUAAAGCAACGUCGGAUAAGAAAAAUUUGGACGUGGGCGCUUCAUUAUUCAUAGGCAAUCUGGAUCCUGAUGUCGAUGAAAAAAUGUUAUAUGAUACAUUCAGUGCCUUUGGUGUUAUCGUGCAGACUCCAAAGAUUGCAAGAGAUCCCGAUACUGGUAACAGUAAAGGGUAUGGAUUUAUUUCAUACGAUAAUUUCGAUUCUUCAGAUGCAGCAAUUGAUGCGAUGAAUGGGCAAUAUUUGAUGAAUAAAUCAAUCACUGUGUCAUAUGCGUUCAAAAAGGAUGGUAAAGGUGAACGACAUGGAAGUGCUGCAGAACGGUUGUUGGCAGCUCAAGCAAAGAAAAAUCAAAGUUUGCCUAAUCGGUUAUUUGCGGACGUUCGUCCACCUACGAUUCCACCACCAAUGAUGGGAAUUCGCGCACAAAUACCGGCCCCACCACAAAUAAAUACUGGAAUGCCUCGUCCUGCCAUCCAAUCUUCAAUGAUUUCUCCGACAAAUGUGUACGGAGGAUAUCAUGCAACGGGAACAACUACACAGGCAACAACACAAUCACAACCUAGACCAUCUGUUAUAAAUGUGGCACAAGCUCGUCCACCACCACCACCUGCGUUUGGAACUUCGACUGCUAAUCGACCUCCUUUUUCACCGCCAUUACGUCCUCCUGGUCCUUAUGGCCAGUAUCCGUCAUCUCAAGUCACCACAACAACUGGACAAGCUCCAAAUCCUUCUGCUCCACAAGGGUAUAAUGGAUAUGGUGCAGGAUUAUCACGGUGA